AUCUGGCAGUAUUGUUUAAAUGCCAGAAAUGUAUUACCUGGCAACACUUGUGAAAUGUCAGGAAUGAAUGGAACAAAUAAAGAUGAUUUUUUUACUUUGUACACUACCACGGUGAUAAGCAGACGCAUUUCUUAUUUAUCAAAUGAAGGAUACUACAUUUGGCGACGAGGAGCAGACGCACCCACGAAAGGAGAUACUAACAAAAAAAAUGCUACGAACACGGUUGACAGAUGGUCCACCACCGUUUGAUUUCAAGGCAGAUGGAAAUUGCGGUGGUGAAUGGAGAAAAUGGUUGCGUAGUUUUGAAAUUUUUGCCCAAGCAAACUCGAUGGAAAACGGCACAAAGAAAUUGAAUUGGAUGUUGCAUUAUGGUGGCGAGAAGGUGCAAACAGUUUAUUAUUCGCUGCCAGAAGUUAAAACUACAAACGAACGCAGAGGGCCAUUGGCUUCUGGUUAUGUCUUUGAACAGAAAGACGAGUACGAACAAGCGGUUGUAAGACUCUGUGCAUUUUUUGAGCCAAAACAAAAUAUUUCGUACGAAAGACACAUUUUCCGACAAAUGAAGCAAACAAAGGGUGAAAGAAUCGAUAUGUUCACAAUGCGCUUGCGGGAACAAGCUGAGCGCUGCGAUUUUCGUGAACAGCUUGAUGAAACCAUUCGUGAUCAGAUCACCAGUGGCUGCCAUUCUGACAAAUUACGACAGAAAAUUCUUGAACGGGGUGACGAGAGAUUGGAACAAAUCGUUAAAAUGGCACGGAUUUUUGAAGCGGUGGCACAGCAACAGAAAAUGUUUGGAAAACGCAAUUGUCGAUAAUGUCAGUUCAAUAAUGGCAGACCAGGCAAAAGGAGAAAGCGUUUGCAAGAUUGAUGUGAGACCGAAGUUUACAGGCUAUCGGAGACUGAAUCUGAACAAAAGCUUCAGUUAUUCCAUUAUAUGUGGCCGGUGUGGAUCGAAAGGUCACAAAGCAUCGGAUGCCAGUUGUCCAGCUAAAGGAAAGACGUGUCACGCGUGUGGUCUAAAGGAUCAUUUCUCAAGGUGCUGUUUUCGUCGUGAAUCUGCCAGUCAGAAUAGUUUCACUGGUAAGCGAAGGAACAGUAAGCCGGACAUUGAGCAAGCAAACAACAAACUCAAGCGAGAAAACGUACAAAUGGUUGACACGGGUUCUAAGCUUGGUUGUAAAAAUAUUGAAGACGAGUAUGAUGACAUUUUCUGUAUUGACUCAAAUGAAAAGGAAAAUUCAGACAUUUUCUCCAUCGACUCAAAUGAUGAAGGUAACAAGAUCUGGUGUACUAUUGGUGGUAUUGAAAUCGAGUUAAUCGUGGACUCGGGUGUCCGAUACAAUGUUAUUGACAAGCUGUCAUGGCUGGAUUUGAAUGCAAAGAACAUUGUGAUAGUGCACAAGCAGAAGGAGGUGGAUAUCGAUUUUCGGGCUUAUGGGGGGUAUCCACUCAAGUUCAUCGGAAUGUUCACCGCUGUCAUCAAGGCAGGAAAAAGCGAAAGUUUGGCAAAAUUUUACGUGGCAAAUGAACUAGGAAAAGUGUUGCUGGGAUAUGAAACAGGAUAUGCUCUCGGGGUACUGAAAAUCGGAGUCAACCUUGGGUCCCAAGUCAGCGGCGUGAACGUCAAUGCUAUCAAUUCAAAUGAAAUCGAGUGCGAAUCGGUUGGUAAAAUCAGAGUUGUGAUGGUUGAUAUUCCAAUCAGGUCGGAUGUGAAGCCAGUAGCACAGCCAUAUCGGCGAGUCCCGGUUGCAUUGGAAAAAUUGGUUGAUGAAAGAAUUGAUAAAAUGCUGCGUGAAGGGAUUAUCGAGCAGGUGAACGGUGUUGCUAAGUGGGUGUCACCGCUGGUGAUUGCACCUAAAGGAAAAGAUGAUGUCCGCAUUUGUGUUGAUAUGCGCAGAGCAAACCUGGCAGUUGAGCGAGAAAACCACCCGUUGCCAACCAUGGAUGACUUUCUGCCUCAUUUGUGCGAAGCGAAGUGGUUUUCAAAACUGGAUGUUAAGCAAGCAUAUCACCAGGUUUAGUUGUAGUUUGUUCAAUGGAUUUUUGUUUUUUUUGUACUAUCAUUAUUUUUUUUUUCUCUUCUCGCUGUUUCUCUCAUGGUUAAGUUUUUGUGAAAUUUUUAAAGGAGUUAAUUAAAUAAAAAA